AUGACCUGCUUUAAGUUUCCCCACUACUUCAAUAAAAAAGUUGAGCCUAUGAUGGCUCAAUUUUGGUGCCGAGGCACAACUCAAAGCAGGAAAAUCCAUUGGAAGAGUUGGUCAUCGUUGUGUAAAUCUAAGUUUCAUGGCGGCCUUGACUUCCGUUCUAUGAAAGCUUUCAAUCAAGCGUUGUUGGCCAAACAGGCUUGGCGUAUUCUUCAGGCUCCUUCCUCUCUUGUUGCCCAGCUUCUCAAAGCUAGAUACUACCCCCACUCAUCUUUCCUUGACUCUGGUAAGGGGCAUCGCCCUUCUCUUGUUUGGAAUAGCAUCUCUUGGGGCAAAACACUCCUCCAAUCUGUGUUACGCAGUUCUGUGGGUAAUGGUACCUCCAUAUCUAUCUACAAGGAUGCUUGGAUUCUAGGAUAUGGGAAAAAUACUCUAUCUUCAAAAGCCAGCUACUCUUGA